AGGAACGAAUUUCUUGGCGGUGAGUGUUUCAGUCCGUUCGCCUUUCCCGAUCGGACCCAGUAGCUAUCGUCGUGCUCACUUCUCGGUGAACACUAUCACCGUGGUAGAGAAAUGCCGAAAAAGAAAACCGGGGCACGGAAAAAGGCCGAGAGCCGGAAAGAGAGAGAGAAACAGAGCCGAGCCAACCGGGAACAUGUAGAGGUGGCCAAACACCCCUGCAACUCCAACAUGGAAUGUGACAAAUGCCAGAGAAAACAGAAAAACAGAGCGUUCUGCUACUUCUGCAACUCAGUGCAGAAGCUUCCAGUCUGUGCACAGUGUGGUAAAACUAAGUGCAUGAAGUCAUCAGACUGUGUCAUCAAACAUCCUGGGAUCCACAGCACUGGGAUGGCCAUGGUGGGGGCAGUAUGUGACUUCUGUGAAGCUUGGGUGUGCCACGGUAGGAAGUGUCUGAGCACUCACGCCUGCAUCUGUCCCCUGACUGAAGCGGACUGCAUUGAGUGUGAACGUGGUGUCUGGGAUCAUGGAGGGCGGAUUUUCCGUUGUUCUUUCUGCCAAAACUUCUUGUGUGAGGAUGAUCAGUUUGAGCACCAGGCAAGCUGCCAAGUCCUUCAGGCAGAAACUUUCAAGUGUAUUUCCUGUAAUAGAUUGGGUCAACACUCCUGCCUGCGCUGCAAGGCCUGUUACUGUGAUGACCAUGCCAAGAGCAAAGUCUUUAAACAGGAGAAGGGCAAAGCUCCACCAUGUCCAAAGUGUGGCCAUGAGACACAGGAGACCAAAGAUCUCAGCAUGUCCACUCGCACGGUGAAAUUUGGCCGCCAGUCUGGUGUCGACGAUUACGAUUGCGACGGAGCGUCGGGGUACGACUCCUACUGGAAGAACCUGGCAUCUGGAGGUACAGGUCAACGUGAUGACGACGGAGAGGACGACUCCUAUGAUGACGAUGAUGACGAUGAUGACGAUGAUGAGGAGGAUGAUGAAGAGGAAGACGAAGAAGAGGAGGAGGAAGAGGAAGUGGCUGCUGAUUCUCUUGCUGGUCUUAAAUUGGACGCGACUGCUACCUGAGCUAAGACAGAGACCGGAGAUCUUAUUAGUGAAGAGCACUCUCCCAUAGAUCCAAGUGAUUCUCUGUUGAUGUUCACAGGUGUUACAAUAUAUUUAGAGUCAUACAACAUCCAUGUUAAAAAAUAAAAUCUCAAAACUC